AUGGCUGGGGCGCGUGGGCUGGGCCUGCUGCUGGCGCUACUGCCGGUGGUCAGCGCCGCCAUGCCAGGCACCGUGGUCAGACUCAACAAGGCAGCGCUGAGCUAUGUGUCUGAAAUCGGGAAAGGCCCUCUCCAGCGGGCUCUGCAGGUCACUGUCCCAUAUUUCCUGGACCGGAGUGGAGAGGUGCUUCGGCCCACCAGGAUCCAGAUUCUGGAUGUCCAGGUGUCCCAAUUCCACCUGUCCUUCAUUGCUGAUUUUGGGAUUCACUUGUCGGCAGCAGCCAAUUUUACUUUUAAGACCUUUCGUGUCCCGGAGCCCCUGGAGCUGACGCUGCCCGUGGAACUGCGGGCCGACGCCCGCGUGGCCCUGAGCUCCAUCGGGACCCCCAUGGUCAGCAUCUCUCGCUGCUUCCCGCUCUUAGGCCACCCCAGCGAUUUCGAUGACAGUAACAGCACGUCCCGAGCGCUGCUGGGCCUGGUGCGGGAGCAUGUUAACGCUGUCUUGAGUAACAAGCUGUGCCUGGGCGUCGCCAGCCUGGUGCAGGAGCUCAACGUCCACCUGGGCACGUUAAUCGGCCUCAACCCUGUGGGUCCUGAGUCCCAGAUUCGCUACACCGUGAUCAACGCACCCACGGUCACCAGCGACUACAUUUCCUUGGAUAUCAGUGCUGUUCUCUUCCUGCUGGGCAAGCCCAUCGUCCUGCCCAGGGACGCGCCACCCUUCGCGAUGCCGCCGCACGUGCGCUCCGAGGACAGCACGGCCACCGUGGGCCUCUCCCAGCACCUGUUCGACUCCGCCCUGCUGCUGCUGCAGAAAGCCGGCGCCCUCAACCUGGACAUCACAGGGCAGCUGAGGUCAAAGGACAACCCGCUGAACACCUCCGCGCUGGGCCUGCUCAUCCCUGAGGUGGCCCGCCAGUUCCCCGAGCCCAUGCCUGUGGUGCUCAAGGUGCGGCUGGGCGCCACGCCCGUGGCCAGGCUCCAUCCCAACAACGCCACACUGCAGCUGCAGCCCUUUGUGGAAGUCCUGGCCGUGGCCUCCAACUCGGCUUUCCAUUCCCUCUUCUCCCUGGACGUGGUGGUGGACCUGAGCCUCCAGCUCUCUGUGUCCAGGGCGAAGCUCCAGGGGGCCACGUCUGUGCUGGGGGACAUCCGGGUCGAGGUGGCCUCCUCCAAUGUGGGCUUCAUUGAUAAGGAUCAAGUGCAUGCACUCAUGGGCAGCGUGUUUGAGGAGCCCCUGCUGGAGCACCUCAAUGCUCUCCUGGGCAUAGGAAUUGCCCUCCCCAACGUGGUCAACCUCCUCUACGUCACCCCCGAGGUCUUUGUCUACGAGGGCUACGUCGUGGUUUCCAGUGGACUCUUUUACCUGCACUGAGGCAACUUGACUGGGAGGGCUGAGUG